UGGGCAAUGGGGAGCCUGACAUUCGAGUACAUUGAAGACCCCACGGUGCAGCGGGUCGAGCCCGAAUGGAGCAUCGCCAGUGGACACACCCCCCUAACUAUCACGGGAACCAACCUGGACGUGGUGCAGGAGCCGCGGAUGAGGGUCAAGUACGCAGGCCGCGAGUCCGUCAACGUAUGCAAGGUGCUCAACACCACCACAAUAAGCUGCUUUGCCCCCUCCCUGACGGGCGAGUCUCCUCCAGGGCCAGACGCAGUCAAGCCUGUGGAUGAAUUUGGCUUCAUCUUCAACAAUGUGCAGGCGCUACUCGUCUACAACAGCACCAGCUUUGUCUACUACCCCAACCCCUACUUCGAGCCCCUCAGCGCCUCUGGAGUGCUGGAGCAGAAGCCAGGCUCCCCGAUUAUCCUCAAGGGUAGAAACCUGGUGCCCCCAGCCUCUGGGGGGGGUCGCCUGAACUACACGGUGCUGAUCGGAGAGACACCCUGUUCCAUCACAGUGUCAGAGACGCAGCUGCUCUGUGAGCCACCCAACCUGACGGGUCAGCACAAAGUCCUG